ACAUUGCCAUUACAUCUCUUCAGUGACAUUUGUGUAAUAUUUACAAAUCACUUUACAUUACCGUCUUUGUUUAUACCGUCUUUUUUUAGGGUCUUUGUUUAUAAGUUUAUUCCAGAUUAUUAGAAUUUAGAACAAUGUCCGAAGGACCCUUAAGUUACGCUAAUGAUCCAAGAACACCUUGCAAGUAUGGCGCGAAAUGCUAUCAGAAAAACCCAGAGCACCAUAGAUCUUACAAACACCCGCCAAUAGAUGAUUUAAAGAAAUUUAAUAAAAAUAAACGUGGUAAAGCGCGAAAUUCUCCAUACGCAAGAAAUAAAAAUACAUUUACAAAAGGAACAGAAGUUUCGGCUUCAACUACUCACGCAAGUUCAAGCGAUGGCAAAAAACCUGAGGAUGAUAUUUCCGUGACAACGACUACUGAUCAAAAAAAGGAAGAUACAUACAAAGAUUUACCUUUAGUGACCUUAACUGAAAAUUCACAGCUUUAUGAUAAAUCUGAAGAUAAUAAGUUGUACAGUGAAUUAUUCCUUGUUGAGAUGCCUCCGGAUUUCUUCCAGUUUUACAAAUGUUUGAGUGAGGAAAAAUCUGUAGAAAAGACUUUAGCUAAUGUGAACUUGCAAUUGAUUGGUCCAUACGAUUUAUUGUUAGGUAAACUUCCUAUUUUAGAUGACAAAGAACUGUACUUAGUUCAUUGGCGAUUUUUCUUUGAUCCUCCAGAGUUUCAGGCAGUUUUAAAGAAGAAAGGGAAAAGUGAAUUUCAUAUAGGUUACUACAGAGAUGAUCCUGAGAGUAAGCCAGUAUUUGUUGCGAGCAAUGAUAGUGGAAAGGAUUGCCUUAUACAACCACUGGCCGACAAUAUUUUUGCAGCUGUUUAUAACUAUUUGCAAAAUGAGAAAAAGACAUCCCCAUUCUUAAGUUUACCAUGUCAAAAACUAAUGGAUAAAAUAAAAAAAUGGGCUAGUGAGAAUAAUUAUUCACUAGAUGAAUAUGACAGAAAGAAAAGAUUGCCAGUAACCAAGACAUUGCACGGUGCUGGAAUUGUUGUACCUUUUAACAAGAAAACUGAAUUAGGAUACAGGCCACUGGUUGAAAGCAAUGCAAAGCUAAGGAAAAUGUUUACUGAAUUAGAAGCAUGUUCAUCACAAAAAGAAAAGGAUGAAGUACUGUCACAAUUACAGCCAGUGAUAACAUAUGCCACUAUUGCAGUGGAUGAAUGUGAUUUUGGUACCGGAUUGGAGAUUGGUAUUGAUUUGUUCUGCUCCGGUCUGAAAGAGUUACAAUCUAAUGCAGCAUCCAGUCUGUCUACUGUAUAUUCUUUGUUGAAAAGAGAUGCAUUUGCUAAAAUUAUUAAGGUACAUUUGAAACAUCGAAGAAAAGGGCCAAAUAUGUCAGUUUUUUGAAAAUAAUCAUAAGAAUAUAAAUCCAUUUAAUUUUUUUUUAUUUAACUUUUAUUGGACUUGUGCCUUAUACCUUAUUUAUUCUUGAUGCAGGUCAUUUAAAACUAUGAGAUAUUUAUGUAAUAAAAAAAAACAAUUU